CUUUCAAUGUCAUCUCAAUUUUAGGAUCUUUACAGUUCUGUUUAAAUUUGAGCUCAAUUUUGGGUUUUACUCGACGGAUUUUGUCUGUUUCUGAGUCUGGAAUUGGGGUUUUGGGUAGUUUUCCAGACGGGUAUUAUUUGGUCAAGUUGGCAUUUUUUGGCUUAAAAUUUUAGAUUUUUAGAGUAUUUGAACUCGACUUAGUUUGGGGGGAUCUCUGGUAGCAGUACUGACUUUUCAAGUUUUAGCUGAGUGAGAUCAUUAAGUCCAGGUUUGACUGGAUUCCUGCGUGUUGACUAGCUUAUGUUUACUACUUGUGGUUUCUGCAAGUUCACAUAUUUGUGCUCUCAAUUAUUGACUUCAUUAACCUGAUUGAUCUAAGUAAAAUUAGUUAUUUUUCUGGUACUAUCAGCUCUAAGGCUUAUUUUGUGGUCUUGCAAUGGAUUCCCCUCAAUCUGUUGUAUCGCCGUUCAAGAGCUCUGCUGUUUUUGCUGAGCCUGAGAAGCAGACUGCUGAUCUCUUUGUCAAAAGCCCUGAUCACCUGUCAAGGGGAAUUGGUGCUCACAGAAAGGAGGCUGAGGUUUAUAACUUGGAGGAAUCCGUUGGAACUCUAGAGGUUUACAUAUACCAGGCUAGGGACAUCCACAACAUAUGUAUAUACCACAAGCAAGAUGUUUAUGCCAAGCUUUGCCUCACAAGUGACCCUGAAAAUGCUGUCUCCACUAAGAUAAUUAAUGGAGGUGGGCAGAAUCCAGUCUUCAAUGAGAAUCUUAGACUUGGCGUUCGUACUGUCGAUACUUCCCUGAAGUGUGAGAUAUGGAUGCUCAGCAGGGUCAGGAAUUAUCUUGAAGACCAGUUGCUGGGAUUUGCUUUGGUGCCUCUGUCUGAUGUCCUGGUCAAGAGUGGGAAGCUAGAGAAAGAGUUCUCUCUAUCAUCAACGGAUCUCUUUCAUUCCCCUGCUGGAUUUGUUCAGUUGUCCCUCUCCUACAGUGGGGCUUUACCUGACGUGCUGGCUAUUUCUUCUGCUCCUCCAUCUGUUGUUACUGAUGUAGCUGUACAUGAUUCAAAAGCAGCCGAGCCUGUUCCGGAUGAACUUGACAAAAUUGAGUUCCCUGAUCCCAAGAUAUUGAAUGAGAAUCAUUUGAUGGUCUCCGAGUAUUUUGGGAUUCCAUGUGCCAAUCUAGACUCCCAGAGCUCUGACAGCUUCGUUUCUUCAGAUACUGAAAAUCAGCUGAGUUCUGAAGCUGGUGUUCAGUUUGUCGAGAGUUUGUCAAUGGGCACCGUUGGUUCUACCCAAUUCCCAAAGCUUGAUUCUCCUCCUAGCAGCGGGUCCACAUAUGGUUCACCAACUGCUUCACUUCCAGUGAGCUCCCAGUCUUCCGAGACACCAGUAGUUUCAAAAUCUGCUGCUACUGAAUAUGCCUUACCUCCUAAAGAAAAUGUGAAAGAGAGAAGCGCAGAUGCGGGAGAUGCCGAGAGUAAGGCAUCUGAAAACCUGCCUGGCGAUUCAUUUGUAAAACCUGUCGUCACUGUGAAGAUUGAGCCAGAACAAAAGAUGGUGCAACAGGAUAUUGUGGAUAUGUACAUGAAAAGCAUGCAGCAAUUUACUGAGUCAUUGGCAAAAAUGAAACUUCCCAUGGACUUUGAGAGUGGACCAACCAGUUCUGGAAAUUCAAGUUCUGAUCAGAAACUAGAGUCAUCUAAGAACUCUGGCAAUAGAGUAUUUUAUGGCAGUAGAGCUUUCUUCUGACUUCCUGUUUUAGUGGAUGGGACUUCACAGGUGACUUUAGUGAUUAGAAUCAAGUGCAAUGCCAUCAGUAACACUAAGCUGAGUUUUGAUUGUGUCAUUUUCGUAUGUAAGCUGGCAGUGCUUUAGGUGAUGGAAAAGAUCUGGACUUGUUCGUGUUGUUUAUUGCAGUUGCUCCUAGUAUAUAUUUGUCACUGCUGUACUUCAUCAUUCUAAUCACUGAUAUACUUGUGAUGGUUUGAAAACUCGCCGGUCUGGGUUAGAGUCUUUGUAAAUUUCUGAUUCUACUAAUAACUCAAUCAACUUUCUACAA